AGCCCCAUUCUAAGCUUCAUCUCUUUUUCUCUCUCUCUUAUCUUCUCCACCUCUCUCUCUCAUCUCACUUCUCCGGUGGGAAAAAUGAAAACGCGGCCCGUCGGGACUCUUUCCGCCUAAGAAAACAGCUGAAAAUGAUGGCGACAAGUUCAAAUGCUCUUCGCAUAUCCAUUACGCUUCAGAGCACCAGAAAACCCCUCUUUCCCUCAGUCCUCGCCAAUUCUUUACGCCCAACUCAGCUUCCCUCGCGCUUCGCCGGUCUCACCUGCUCCAGCCGCCGUCGAGACGGCGGAAAUCCGCCCCUAAUUCCCAAGAAAAACAACAAGAAAAAGAAUGCUAAGAAAGAAGUUGGAGAGGAAGAAGAUUUAGAUGAAGAUGCUUUUGAGGCGCUCUUUCGUCAACUUGAAGAGGAUCUGAAAAAUGAUGAGUUAGAUGGUGAAGAAGAUGAUGAGGAUGUGAGUGAGGAAGAUCUUGCAAAACUCGAGAAAGAACUAGCUGAGGCUUUGGAGGAUGAUGACUUCUUAGUGGCAUUAGGCUCUGCUGCGCUUGGGGGUGUUGUGAACGAAGAUGAUGAAGAAGGAGAAGGAGAAGGAGACGAUGAUAUUGACGUUGCUAGUGAUGAGGAUGGAGAUGAAGUCGAUGAUGAAGAAGAGGAAAUGCCCGUGAAGCUUAGGAAUUGGCAACGCAGGAGGCUAGCGUAUGCAUUGAAGGAUGGUCGCCGCAAGACUAGUAUAAAAAGUCUUGCUGCUGACCUAUGUAUGGAUAGAGCAGUUGUUCUCAAACUACUUCGUGAUCCUCCUCCUGAUCUUGUCAUUUUGAGUGCUACUUUGCCGGAUAAACCAACGAAAAGAACUAAAGAUCCUGUGGAAAAACAAGAGGAACCUGUUGCUUUGGAGACAACAGCGAAAACAAUCAAAGAUCCUGUGGAGAAACAAGAGGAACCUGUUGAGACGACUACGGAUGCUGAAAAGCCUAAAGUUGAGGCCAAAGCACCAGUUCAUGUGAUGCAAAGCAACUGGACAGCUCGAAAAAGGCUGAAGAAAGUACAUAUUGAAACCCUCGAAGAAGUUUACAGACGAUCAAAGCGCCCAACUAAUGCGAUGAUCAGCAGCAUUGUGCAUGUGACAAACCUGCCCCGGAAACGAAUUGUGAAAUGGUUCGAGGAUAAGCGAGAAGAGGAUGGAGUACCUGAACAGCGCGUCCCCUAUGAACCACGUGCUUCUGAAUCCACCAUUACGACCAACUAGAAGUCUAGAACCAUCUUCAGAUGCACUGAAUAGAAAUUUUAUUACAUGUUGCAGCAGCAGCAGCUUGUUAGUUUGUAGUAGAUGAUAAAGAUUGUUUCUUGUGUUUUGUAGAAAUCGUUGUUCCACAUGUUUCCCUUCAUCACUACUAAUCACAGAUGAAUCAAAAUCAUCUGUAUUUCAACUCCAUUAUCUAAACUCUUUUUCUUACUUUUUA